CGUGGUUUAGGGGGCGGAGGCUUUUAUUCCAUACUCUGGUUAUGUGUCAGCUGCUAGACAUAAUCGAAACAGUAACCGUUUACAGUUGGUGUUACUUUCAACAUCUAACCCUCCGAGAGAGUGACUACAUGUUUCGUCCAUCAAGCUUUCAAGGAAAUUGGGAAUUGCAUAUUACAGGCUUUGCGCACGUCACUUUUGACACGACACGAACCUUUAAGUUGAAUCUUUUUUCUACAGUAGGCUAGCUGUGCAGGAGUGGUCAGAGCCAAAACCAGCUAUUCAGAUCGGAUUUCACCCAAACCAGCUGGGGGAGAGAGCAUUUGUCAUUUUGAUUCCCUCCCCGAUCCAAGAAGUCUACCAGGGAGAGAGAAAAGAGAGAGAGCGCGGGUGAGAAAGGAGGAGAGACGAGGGGGUUCCAAAGGAAUUUCCAAGGAUAUUUAUUCUGUUGCCGUAAGAAAAGUGUUGGUCAGUUGGGGGCGAGGCAGAGACCGCGGUCAAGGAUGGACGAGCAGCCUCGGUUGAUGCACUCCCACGGCGUAGGCAUGGCCGGACACCCCGGCCUGGCACAGCAUAUGCAGGAUGGCACGGGAGGGACGGACGGAGAUGGAAGAAAGCAGGACAUUGGAGACAUAUUACAGCAAAUAAUGACCAUCACAGACCAAAGCCUGGACGAAGCGCAGGCCAGGAAACAUGCCCUGAAUUGUCACAGGAUGAAACCGGCUCUCUUCAACAUCUUGUGCGAUAUAAAAGAGAAAACAGUGCUCAGUAUCCGUGGUUCCCAGGAGGAGGAGCCUCCAGAUGCCCAACUCAUGCGAUUGGACAACAUGCUUCUGGCGGAAGGCGUGUCCGGACCGGAGAAAGGGGGCGGGUCUGCGGUGGCGGCGGCUGCAGCAGCAGCUGCAGCGGGAGGAGGAGUGGGCUCGGACACCAACUCGGCAGAACACUCAGACUACCGGGCCAAGCUGACUCAGAUCCGCGGGAUCUACCACACAGAGCUGGAGAAGUAUGAACAGGCAUGUAAUGAGUUUACCACCCAUGUGAUGAACCUGCUGAGGGAGCAGAGCCGCACACGGCCCAUCUCGCCCAAAGAGAUAGAACGCAUGGUGGGGAUCAUCCACCGUAAGUUCAGCUCCAUCCAGAUGCAGCUCAAACAGAGCACCUGCGAGGCCGUCAUGAUCCUACGCUCCCGCUUCCUCGAUGCCAGACGAAAGAGGAGGAACUUCAACAAGCAGGCAACAGAGAUCCUAAAUGAGUAUUUCUACUCCCACUUGUCCAACCCCUAUCCCAGUGAAGAGGCCAAGGAAGAGCUGGCCAAGAAGUGCUCCAUCACAAUGUCACAGGUAUCGAACUGGUUUGGAAACAAGAGAAUCCGAUACAAGAAAAACAUUGGCAAGUUCCAAGAGGAAGCAAACAUGUACGCCGCGAAGACCGCAGUCAGUGCAACCAGUGUAUCAGCCCAUGGCAGCCAGGCCAACUCCCCCUCCACCCCCAACUCUGCAGGUUCUGCUGGCUCUUUUAACAUGUCAAACUCCGGAGACUUGUUUAUGAGUGUGCAGGCUCUGAAUGGGGACUCAUACCAGGGGGCCGGGGUUGGGGCCAAUGUUCAGUCCCAGGUGGAUACUCUUCGCCAUGUUAUCAGCCAGACAGGAGGAUACAGUGACAGCAUCGCAGCCAGCCAGAUGUACAGUCCACAGGGCAUCAACACAAACGGUGGCUGGCAGGAUGCUCCGACCCCCUCGUCAGUGAACUCGCUCACAGAAGGACCCGGAAGUGUUCACUCGGAUACCUCCAACUGAUUAUUUUACCCUCCACACCUUCCAUUCACACAACCCAUCGAUGAACUGGCAGAGCCAAUCACAGUGUUAAACAUAGAGGCAUACUACACAGUGUCCUGUAGAUUUCAGGGGUGCAUAACUAAAACAACCUUUCCUAAGCUACAGUACUAUGGGACAUUUGAGAUACAUACAGUAGUAGGAAUGUCAGAACAAAAAUCUAAACAAUGGAAAAAGGAUGAAUACAAAUGUUUGUUCAGAUUUCACAGGAUAUUUAGACGGCUCCGGUUGCUUACUCACCUGUGAUGGUUUCACUCAUAUUGAUGAUAUUCAGUGAUAAGAUCAAUUCAGACAACCCAAUCUGUAUACUUCAAUUUAAAUGCUUCAUUCUACCUCUCGGCAACUAAAAAGUAAAACAAAUCACAUGAAAGAACAUUCAUUUGUUUUCUGACUAAGACAUGAACUUUGCCAUUGUAUGAAAGAAGCACGUCGUCUUGGUUUGUUUUGUGGUCCCUCACCCAUUCUAUGGUACGACAUUUAGGCUUUUAAUGUUGCUCCCUUGUUUACAGUGUGUGCUUUAGAAACUGUGUUCGCUUUACCCUCUCCCACAGAGAAAUAACCAGGAAGACUUAGAAGACUUGUUGGGAAAGCAGGUCAGCCUAGUGAACUCUGAGGACCCUUCACCCUGACUAGCAGGUCUUCAAUCUGGGUGGAAGGAGUUAGAAAAGGAAAACACGCUGGUAUGAGAAUGCACAUUGGCUGAUCUAAGGGCUUUAAUGGAAAUUGAGUAGACAAUUUAAUAGACAUUGUAGAUGUGUGUCUUCCUGGUUUAUAAACAUAUGUCCCGCGAGCCCUUUGAUAUCUUAUCAGAAUGUGGGAGCGCUGUGGGCCCACAAGCAGUCACAGGGCUCUCUUCCAAUAUCCAUACUAGUGUACCACUUAUAAUGCAUGCCCAAUACAUGCUUCAUUCUAAGUAUGCUAGUGUCGAUAUUGGAACAGGGGAACAGAGUGUGUGCUAUUGAUUGUCUGAGGGCCUGUGAACAAGAGGAGCGCCCUCCUUUUAAACAACCACCUCAUUGAGUAUCCAUGUGUCUCAUCAGAGGUAAUCGUGUGAAGUUACAGUUAUGUCGUGUAAAAAAAAAAAUCAUAAAUACAAUAAACACCUGUCAUCAAAAACCCAUACGAGCUUGAUUCACGUUAGUCACCUAAUGUUACUGUUAACCAAAACCUUUAUACUUAUUGAUCUAUUGUUGACAUUUUAUGUGUACUUUCAAGAGGUCCUAACCCAUCUAGCUAUAUUCACUCAUGUACUUACAUGUUGGAUUUUUUACUGAACCUUUUGAUAAUUUUCCCAAUUCUGGUGGGGGAUGAUAACCAACUGAACAAUGCUGCCUAAUUGAAAAACAAUGUUGUUGAUACAGUCCGAUUCAGAAGAAACCAUUUCUGUUGAAAAAUCUUUCAAGGAUCUGUGUAGUAACUGAGUUUGUUUUUAAGUACAUUGCAUCAGAAUCCAGUUAAACAGGGAAGUCGUUACGUUAAUAGGAUUUAAAACAUAAAUCUGCGGAUGCAGGUAACACCAGGACUGAACUUACAGUAGCCAUGAUGCACAGGUCAUGCAUGAGAUGCUUUGUACUCCAUGAUUAUGUUGAACAGACACAAUGUGUUCAAGUCAGUGUUCAAUACUGUUCAAUACUGCUCAAUACUGUUCGAUGCUGUUCAAUACUGUUCAAUGCCCUCUCAUACAAUGGAACUGUACUGUUCUUUAAACCCAGAGUUGAUUUCUGUUUCUCUUUCCAGGCAUUUUUGGGGCAGUUUAAUAUGUAUUACAGUAUAUGACAGCAUUCUUUCUUCCACUGUAUUAAGAACCAAAAACCUACAUUAUAAUGUCACCUGUAUCCUUGCUUUUCACUUCUUCAACUGACUUGUAUGAAUCCUCAGAAUUCAUAAGCAUAUUGAAUGUUGAUGUGCUGAAAGGUCUAAUGUCCAUAGCAAAACUAGAGGUGGGAAAAUUCUUUCAGACAAACAAAGAUGAUAUUUGGACAUUUGAUAUACUGUAUAGUACUUGUCCUUUUGUUGUGUGGACUAUAUAGUUAUUCUUUAGUAUUUGGUUAUUUACUUUUUAUGGUAUGCUAUUGUAUGUCAUGGUUCCCAUAUUCUUGUCAAUUAGCUCUCUCAUGAUGUGAUUAUGUGAACAUUGCCACAUUGUACUUGACUUGCUUUGUUGAACAAUAAUUUAUGCAGUUUCAACAUUAAACUUAUUAUACUAUGUAAUACACCAAGA